AUGGUUAUCUUUAAUGAUAAUGACACCCGAAUCAACCCAUCACACUGUCAACUCAAAGAAGCCGGAAGGUGCAUCUGGUGUUCUAUAAAAAGGGACGUUUCUACAGGAGGUCUGUGUACUUACGUGUUCGUAGGAAACCUGCAAAACACAAGCAUGAAUGUGACACACCGUUUUGAGCUUGUUCUUAUUGAAGUUCCUUAUAUCAUUCAGGAAACCACCGCCGCCGCCGCCGCCGCCGUUGCCGGGAUCUGGUGAAGGAAUCCCCUCUCCGGAAUGCGGCCCUGGUGGUGGAGGUGGUGCCGGUGGUGCUGGUGGUGGUGGGGCUCUCGGUGUCGAGGAUACUGACGGAAGUGGGGGCCGUGUGGACGAUGGCGGUGCGCGCGCUGUGUUUGGUGACAUAUAUUCAUGCUGGGAGACCGAUGAAUAG